AUGUUGGUCCAAGUUGUUUUUUGUUCUUUACUAUAUUUUACAUAUUCUCAACUUCCUGUCAUAUUUGCAUAUUCUUUAGCUUUUUUUGCAUAUUUUGGCAUUUAUUUGAAUUUUUUUACAUUUUUCAGACUAGCUAGAAGAACCUCCAUAUAAGAAUAAUUGUGUUUAGAAAAUUUUCUUUUAUUUUUAGGGGUUUUUUGUAAAAUUCGGGCUUUUACGUUGGUUCUUUUCUUGUUCCUAAUUCUAUUUUUGGCUAUUUUCCUCUUUCGUGUAUAUUUUGGGGGUUUUACUAAGGUUAGGGUUUUCGAGCCGGGCCGACGUUUGAGUCAUCUUUUCGUUCUUCAUUUUUAUCAGGCGGCCCGACCUAGUCUUUUUCAAGCCAAAAUUCGAUGCCCGACUCGAUCUUUCGGACCGGACCGGGCUC